AUGCACUCGCGCCCUCCCUCCUUCUUCGGUGGUAGUGACGUAGAGCUCAACGUGCAGAGUGCUCCCAAGCCUGCCGGCUCUGGUUACUAUGGCCCCACCAGCUACUACUCUGUCUUUGACCGAGUCGACCACGUGCCGACCGCUACCACAGAUUCUCAGCCUUCUAGACCCGCUGGCGACACGCUCUCUGCAGGCAUACGCCAAGACGACCCCGGCCUGAGCCGCUCACUUCAACUUGGAUCCUGGAUACUGCAAAACCUCCAACACGUCUCCAUUAUCCAGUCCCUCGUCGACAUGUACAUUCGAACAAGCCAAGUAUCCCCCACGGCGACUUUGAUCCCUCUGAAAGCUGUGGAGACCUUGCAGCACCUGGCCAGUGGAGACGUGCAUGUUCUGGCGCAAAAGACCACCAGGAAUACGCAAAAGCCGCUACAGGUACCCCCUGAAAUGCACGCAAGCACCUUCAGCACACUCUUCACCGGCGACAACCUGCGCUGGGAGUUUCUUGGUCUCGUUUUUGCCUGGGCCGGCUUGUCUCUGUCCAUGUCUCUGCUGAAUGGAAAAGGCUCUGCGACGACCCCAGACGGAAUCAGCAAAACCUCCUUUGCCCAGCUCUUGACCGCUUGCAGUGACGCGUGCAUAACCCUCUGCCGCCAAAAUGCCCACACCAACGACCUACUCUCCUGGUGUCUCUAUGAGAACCUCAUUCUACUAACCUUUCAGCACGGCGAAGCAAGCCACGCCUCUUGGCAGCGACUUGGAGACCUCUCCACCGACAUUCUGGCCCUCGGUCUGCACAAGGAACCCGCGGCGACGAGCACUUCGCCAAUCUUCCUCGUCCAGGCUCGAAAGAAGCUAUUUUCCGCCGCCUUUCGUGUCGACAAGAGCAUCUCCACCUUCUUUGGCCGGCCACCCCGGAUACCGGGUCACUACUGCGACAUCGGUCUUCCUUUAGACGUCGACGAUCACCUCUUCCAUCAAGAAAACUUUUGUGUAGACCACCUUCGCUCCGUACUCGACAUGGCCGGUUGGAACAUCGACUGCAAGAUCCGCCCAGCUUCUUGGAUUCGCAUGCGUCACACCCUUGGCAAAGUCACAGAGGAGAUUUUGGAGCUGUCUCUAGGCGGCGCGCAAGACAAUUUGGUUUGCAAAGUACAGGACAUAUUGACUCGCUGUAAUGAGACGUGGAACCGGAUCCCGAGCCAUCUGCAGUACAAACACAGCUGCUGGAACGAUGGUACCCCACCGGGAACAUGUUUGAUGCUGCUGCUGGUCUACCUGGAACAUCUGCAGAACGAAUUCCAGCUGCAGAGAUUGCUCUGCCGCCAACAAAGAUGCGCCUCGGACGCGCUGAUCAAGAUCAGCAUGCGCAUGCUCACAGCGGUCAUGAUUCUCCCCGGCAUCCAAGUCGACAGCGUCAACAUACAUCGCGAUCGUGCGUGGAUGGUAAGCCGUCUUCCUCGUACCUUGUUGCCAAUGUCACUGACACGUGUAUAUAGCUCUUGUACUAUGCGCUCCCGAGCGCCGGCGUCCUUGCCAUCGACCUUCGCAUGCGCAUGCAGCAGGGUUCUAACCCUCCACGCUCCAUAUCCAAGUCUGAAGUCAUCAGACACACGAGCGUGCUCGCCGCGUCGCUGCAAUGGGCGUCGGAGCCGUCUGGCGGCAACCACAACCUGUGCGCCGGGGCGGCAAAGACGCUGUCGCGCAUUUUGGAAGAGAUUCUUGACAGCUCCGACCAGAGGAGCGAGAUGAGCACGAGCGGCACCGUGAGCGGCACCAUGAGCGGCGGCGUGAGCGGCAACAUGUCGCCCAGGGCCAUGGACAUGGACUACAGCAUGCUGGCAGAGCACGGCGUCGACUCGGAAACCUUCUUGAACUGGUUCGAUAACUUGGAGUGGGAGACGAUGCACCAGCCCGUGCCGCUUCAAGUGUAG